GUCCCAAAGCCAAGAGGCCUGAGGCCCCAGCCCCCCAAAGCCCUCUCCGCAAGUCACACGGCCGUGGAGCCAUCGGCAAAACCAACGCUAAAAUCUCGCCCAAAUCACCGCCGCCCCUAGCCAUGGCAACCUCCUUCGGGUUCGGCGGCUCCGCAGCUGCGGGCUCCACCGCCUCCUCCCCCUUCUCCUUCUCCACCACCCCAUCCGCCUUCUCCUUCUCCCAGCCGGCCGCGGCCUCCGCCCCCGCCCCCGCCCCCGCCUUCGGCUCCUCCCUGUUCGGGGCCUCGUCCGCCGCCGCGCCUGCAUCCACCACCGCCUCCUCCCCUUCCCCUUUCGGCUUCGGGCCCACCGGUUUCUCGUUUGGUCAGUCCGCCGCAGCCGCAUCCUCGGCCGCGUCCGUCCCAUCCCUCUUCGGCGCACCCGCAGCUUCCUCCGUGGGAACCACACCUGGCUUAUUCGGCACCGCCUCCUCUCCCGCGAGCACACCCAGCCUCUUCGGCACGUCCGCCACCGGCUCUGCGUCGACAACCCCUGGCCUGUUCGGUGCCACCUCCGCCGCGGCAGCCACCCCGAGCCCAUUCGGGGCCACCUCCGCCGCUGCGACCACGCCUAUUCUGUUCGGCGCCGCCUCUUCCGCUGCGUCCGCGCCGAGCCUUUUCUCUGGAGCCGCCACGGGAUCCAGCUUUGGCUCGUCGGCGUCCGGUUCCACUGCUACCACGGCUGCCGCCUCGACACCAUCAUUUGGAUUCUCGAUCGGCUCGGGAGCGGCCACGUCGAGCACCGCCUCCACCCCCGCUUCUGCACCGGCUCUAGGGUUUGGGGCCGCCACUGGCUCGUCGCUGUUUGGAUCAACCACCUCUGCGCCCCUCUUCAGCACCGCCACCGCCUCCGCCUCAUCUCCAGCAACUGCUGCGACCACCGCGCCAUCAUUUGGCUUCUCGGCUGCGCCAGCACUAACCGCCUCUACCCCGUCGUUUGGCUUUACGCCGCCAUCAGCAAGCGCAACAACGGGGAACACGGCUCCUUCCUUAUUCUCGUCUGCUUCCUCGGCCCCUGCCUUCUCCUUCCCCAAGAGCACAUCCCCCACUCCUGCCACGACGGCGUCGACGCCCUCCACCGGCUUCUCCUUGGCCACUUCGCAGGCUGCAUCUGCGCCCUCACUGUUCUCUAAUACCAGUGCAGCAGGAAACUCGUCGGCCAGUACGCUUGGCUUCUCGUUUGGUUCAUCUUCGGCAGCUUCAACACCAACUUUAGCUUCUGUUUCUGCAACCGGUGCAUCCACUCUGCCAUCAGCCACUGCAACCCCUGCAACAUCGGGGUCAUUGUUCCCAGCUGCUUCUACCAGCGGUUUCAGUUUUACAGCAGCGCCAUCGUCGUUACCAGCAGCAGCAGCUACACCCACUACCACCGCUAUCACAAGUGCGUCUGCAUCUGCAGGCAUGACGACCACAGCUCCUUCAACUGCAACAACAGGGUUUCCUAGUUUUAGUCUGCAAGCAACUACGCCAGCUUCUACCUCAAUGCGGGCAACCCAGUUAGGGCUGUCAUUUGGUGUUUCUACAACAGCUGCCAGCACAUCUGCCACCAGCACCAGCACAAGUCAGGCAACUUCCUCAGCUGUUCAAGCUAGCAGCAUGGGUGCUACUACAGCUAUCACUCCAGCAGCUUUGCAAGCACCUAAGCUACCAUCAGAAAUUGUUGGUAAAAGUGUGGAAGAGAUUAUUAGGGACUGGAACAAUGAGCUUCAAGACCGUACUGCAAAAUUCAGGAAACAUGCCACUGCAAUAGCUGAAUGGGACAGGAGAAUUCUGCAAAACAGGAAUGUUCUUAUCAGGCUUGAGGCUGAGGUGGCUAAAGUUGUUGAAACACAAACAAGCUUGGAGCGGCAACUUGAGUUGACAGAAACUCAUCAGAGAGAGGUAGACAAGGCUCUACAGGGCAUGGAGGAGGAAGCCGAACGCAUAUUCCAGGAUGAACGGGUGUUACUUCGUGAAGAUGAAACUGCUUCGACAAGAGAUACAAUGUAUGAGCAAGCAGAAGUUGUGGAACAUGAAUUGCAACAUAUGACAGAACAAGUGAAAUCCAUCAUUCAGACAAUGAAUGCUACUCAGGGUGGUGAGCUUGAGGCUGCUGAUAGUAUGACACCAUUUGAUGUUGCUGUCCGGAUACUGGAUAAUCAACUGCGUUCUCUGAUGUGGAUUGAUGAGAAGGUUAACGAAUUCUCUGGCAGAAUACAGAGGCUACCUAACAAUAGUGCUUCAGUUGAACGCGAUUCUGGAAUUCCGAGGUUUUGGUUAAACUGAUCAAUUCAUGGACAUUUUGCUUACUGUUCUGAUCGAGGCUAGUAAACCUGCUGUGCUUGGUUGUUCCGCUUUCCCACCCACAGCAAAUGUUUCAGCAUUUUUCUCCCCAUUCAAGUACUUUAGUGCCAUGUAGCUCUUGCUGAUGCGCUCUGGAUUGAUGCUAUUCAAUGUCACUUAGAUUGUUGGUUAUGUAAACCCCUCUGUUUUGCAACAAUUGUUUGUGUUGUCAAUAUAAACAGAAUUGCUUUUGACAGUA